UGGUUCUCGGCCAUCCGCGGCUCGGCGGCGACGGCGACAUGGAGAGCGGGGCCUACGGCGCGGCCAACGCGGGCGGCUCCUUCGACCUGAGGCGCUUCUUGUCGCAGCCUCAGGUGGUAACGCGCAUCGUGAGCAUGGUCCUGGCCUUGAUCGUGUUCUCCUGCAUCUUUGGCGAGGGCUACAGCAACACUCACGAUUCUCGGCAGUUAUACUGUGUGUUCAACAAGAACGAGGAUGCCUGCCGCUACGGCAGUGCUAUCGGGGUACUGGCCUUCCUGGCAUCAGCCUUCUUCCUCGUGGUCGACGCCCUUUUCUCCCAGAUAAGCAAUGCUACUGAUCGCAAGUACCUGGUCAUUGGUGACCUGCUCUUCUCAGCUCUCUGGACUUUCCUGUGGUUUGUUGGUUUCUGCUUCCUAACAAACCAAUGGGCAGCCACCAAUUCUGAAGAUGUGCGGGUGCAAGCGGACUCGGCACGGGCAGCCAUCACCUUCAGCUUCUUCUCCAUCUUUUCCUGGGGUGUGCUGGCCUCUCUGGCCUACCAACGCUACAAGGCUGGAGUGGAUGCCUUCAUUCAGAACUACGUGGACCCCACCCCAGACCCCAACACAGCCUACUCCUCUUACCCCAGUGCCUCCGUGGAAAACUACCAGCAGCCACCCUUCACCCAGAACGUGGAGACCACUGAGGGCUACCAGCCUCCCCCUGUGUACUGAGCAGCCAGGGGCAAAGAGGCAGGGAGGUGCUUGGGGCCGCCCCUCUCCCCUGGACUUCUUUCUCGAGGUUUGCUGCCAGAACUGCAGUCCCUGGCCAGUUCCAAUUGACAGCCAAAGAACCCAAGCUGUUCUGUAUUCCAGCUGCAGCCAGAGCACGCCUGAAGUGCCUGUGCCCGAAGGGGCGUCACCGCCACCCGCCCAGUCCUACAGGGCAUUUUUUAGAAAAGGGUUUUUCACUAGAUCUCUCCGCCAACCCCCAGGACUGGGGAUGGCGCCCAGGGCCUUGAAUUUGCUUACCCAGUGCCACUAUUGAGCUGUGCGCCCAGCUUUUGUUGCUUUUGAUAACCCUGAACCCCACCUCAGCCAGAAGCAGGUGCCCGCUCUACGCUGUUUUUGGCGUAUGCCAGUUUCCCCUCAGCUGGAAGGCUGAGCUCAGCUUGCAGCCACAGGAGCCCAACUAUCUUUUUUUUUCCUCCGAAGACAAGGUUGGGGGUCCAUGCACCAAUCUCCUUGGAGUACUGGCCCUAGGUUCGCCACUUCCUCACUCAGGUUCACUACCCAGCUUCCACUGGGCUUUAUGCUCACCGCUGCCUUCUGGGGUCACCACUGGGCCAGCUGUCCCCAGGCUGCUUGCCUGACAGCAGAGGAGCAGGCUGGGGACUGGAUGUCACUUCCUUCUUGCUCCCGCCCCUGGCAGGAGGGAGGAGCUUUGUCUGGAGAUAACACCCAGCUUUAUGUAAAUAUCCCCCAGCAGUAGUUAGAUACCAGGAGGAGGGCAGGAACCCCUGCACUGAAUGUAUCGAGACUUGGUGGGGACGGCCCUGCCCUCAGGUUCUGUAGACUAGCCCAGGACGUGAAAUAAAUGGUUUUUUUUCUCA